AAGUCUUCCGGAUUAUUGAAAAGGACGGACCAGAAGUGUGCAACGGCGUUUACACUCCGUCACGAAAUCGAAGCAUUUGUACAGUUAUCUGUUAAACAGUUGGUUUUUAUUUAGCUAGAUAGCUAAUGCCCUUAAGUAAUUGUUUUAUCAAUGGAAGACAUGGAGCAUAAUAAGGCACCCUCUGUUAUCGAUCGGUAUUACACUCGAUGGUAUAAAACAGAUAUCAAGGGCAAGGAUUGUGAAGACCAGUGCGUUCUUCAGCAUUCAAACAGAAUCUGUGUCAUCACCCUGGCAGAGAGUCACCCAAUCCUUCAGAACGGGAGGGCAAUCAAGAGCAUCAACUAUCAGAUCAGUGCUGGCUGCAGUCGCCUGCACAACAGAGUGUCUGGGAAGUCAAAGAGAGGAGGACAGUUCCUCACAGAGUUCGCUCCUUUGUGUAGAAUAACAUGUACAGACGGUGAGGAGUACACCAUUUACAGCUGCAUAAGGGGGCGGCUAUUGGAGGUCAAUGAGGAUAUUCUUGAAAGGCCUGACAUUUUACUGGGAAAGCCUUCCACUGAGGGAUACAUUGCUGUCAUCCUCCCUAAAAUAGAGGAGAGCAAGACAGUCACUAAUGGUCUCCUGAGCAGAGAGGAGUACGAGAGCGUCAUCUCUAAACGGACCAGCAGCACCCAGCCAGAGCCACAGCCAGAGGCUGAGCCAUGCUGAGGAAUGAGGAGGUCACAGGGACUCAUCACACUCUCCUCAGCCCAGCUGGAGUGACCUUUCCUGGGGCAGCUUUGUUGGAGGGGGUCCCUCGCCUCCUCAGGCCCAGCCAGACCUAGGUACUUACAUCAAAGCAUAGUGCAUACCCCUGUCCAGAUAUGGACUUAUGCCCGUGGUGGAUGACAGUGCAGAUAUCUGGGGUGCUGGAGGUAAUGCACUGUGCCUUUUAAGUUCUCUACCUUACCUAUUGUUUGCUUUGAUGUAACAUGAAGAAAUUCAGAGCCAGUUAAGUUUUAUGAGAACUUUUUUUUUUAGCUCUUUAUUAUGAUUGUUGAUGGAACGUGAGAUCUAUUUUCAAAGGAGGAAGUCUAAGAUAUUUCCAUUAUGUCAGUUAUGAAGUGACUAUGUACCAAACAAGCCCAAGUUUUUGUUCCGAAGACUUAAAUAUGAAUUUUCUGUGUACUGUACAUACCUUAAUAAAUGACACAAUCGA